CCAUUUCGGCAUCCAGCCGAAGCAGGCAGCUCUCUCAGUGGGUUGUUUGUGCAUCAGCCGUACGUCGGCUUCAAAAACGGAGUGUGACCAUUCAGAAAUGUACGUUUUGCGGUUUCUGAAGAGGUGUAACGAGGAUGGCUUCACUUUAAAUCGACGGAUUUUUAAACAGAGUCUGGCGCAUUUUCUUUCUUUGGUACGUCGAUGAGGGAGAGCGACCGGAGGAGUUUCACUGGUAACCCCGCUGCAAUCAACGCUGCGCCCGAGGAUGGACGUGCAGCCUCCCCGUGGUCUCCCUCCCUCAGUGAACACAGAGAGGUCUGAGCCUCCGUCACCAUGACAGACAACAAGCGUCUCGCCUUCUCCAUCAUCCAGUUCCUCCACGAUCAGCUCCAGUCAGGGAAUCUGUCCUCAGGUGCCCAGGAGAGUCUGGAGGUCGCUGUUCAGUGCUUGGAGACGGCGUUUGAAGUGUCGACCGAUGAUCAGAGCCUCGCCGUCCCCAUGACGUUACCGGAGAUCUUCGCCUCAGCCACAGCCGAGCAUCCAGCUCUGUCGCAGGUCAACAACAACUCCACCCCAAACUCCGUCAGUGAGGAACAGAGAGCUGAGGCCGAGAGACUGAAAACCGAUGGUAACGACCAAAUGAAGGUGGAGAACUUUGCAGCAGCUGUUGAGUUUUACUCGAAGGCCAUCGCCAUCAACCCUCAGAACGCCGUCUACUACUGCAACAGGGCUGCAGCGUACAGUAAACUGGGAAACUAUGCUGGAGCGGUGCAGGACUGUGAACAGGCCAUCAGCAUCGACCCAAACUACAGCAAAGCCUACGGGAGGAUGGGUUUGGCUCUGGCCAGCCUCAACAAACACACAGAAGCAGCGAGUUACUAUAAAAAAGCUCUGGAGCUUGACCCCGACAACGACACCUACAAAACCAACCUGAAGAUCGCGGAGGAGAAGAUGGAGACCUCCAGUCCAACAGCAGGGAUGGGUGGAGUCGAUCUGGCUGGUUUGCUCAGUAACCCCGGCUUCAUGAACAUGGCGUCGUCUCUGAUGAACAACCCUCAGGUUCAGCAGCUGAUGUCGGGGAUGAUGUCCGGAGCGUACGGUGGGAUGGGGGGAGGAGGAGGCGCAGCCCCCGGAGCCGCAGCCCCCGGAGCCGCCGGAGCCGCCGGAGCUGCCGGAGCCGCCGGAGCCGCCGGAGCCGGAGAUUUAUCAGGACUGAUCCAGGCAGGUCAACAGUUUGCUCAGCAGAUGCAGCAGCAGAACCCCGAACUCAUUGAACAGCUGAGGAGUCAAAUCCGCAACCGAACGCCCAGCUCCGGAAACGAGGAGCAGCCAUGACAUCAGAUACAGUUGUGCAGGUUUAUGUGAGGAGACAUAUAGACCAUCUGUCCUUUUUUUUUCUGUCUGAAUUGGAUCAUUAUAACUCGAAGGACUAAAAGGAAGUUUUUGUUUUUUUUGCCAUCACUGAAUAAUUCCUGCAUGAGAGAGCGAGAGAGAGAGAGAGAGAGAGAGAGAGAGAGAGGCCUCCGUUUCAUUCAGGAGCAACGUCACCAAAAACUACACCCACUUCCUGCGGCGCUGUGUAGUUUUUAGGAAGAACAUUUUGAAGUAACACUUUGAUAUCAACACCGAUUAAUUCUAAUAAUUCAUGCUCUGAUAUCAUCAUGGGUCCCAGAUGUUAAACAGCUGUAGUGCAGCGGGUCAGUGGAGUGAAAACAGAAGCUGGAAAUGUUUUUUUUUUCCUCUGAAAAACUACACAGUGUAACUUUAAAUGCAAUUUUUGGUCCAGUACCUUUUUUGUGUGUGUGUGUGUGUGUGUGUGUGUGUGUGUGUGUCAGGGCUGUCACUUUUUUGAAUGACAGUUCAUUCAAGUUCACAGUUCAUUACAGUUCAAAUUUCUUUAUUCGCCCACGUUCAAACAAAUGUUUGAAUCUUGCAUAGAAAGUGACCGUGUGUUUGUGUGUGUGUGUGUGUGUGUGUGUGUGUGUGUGUGUGUGUGUGUGUGUGUGUGUGUGUGUGUGUGAGUGAGAAUAUCAGGUUUAAUUUAGUGUAAAUGAACUAAUCCUGUGUAGCAGGUGAGGCUCCUCGGUCAGAUGGAGCCGUGAGGAGACACAGAGCUGUUUAAACACAGUUUGGAAAUUAAAAAGAGCAUCUCAACAUUUUA